GUGAAGAUCUGGUUCCAGAACCGCCGCAUGAAGUGGAAGCGGAGCCGCAAAGCCAAGGAGCAGGGGGCUCAGGCGGAGGCCGAGAAGCAACGAGGGCUCAGCAAAGCCUGCGAGAAACUGCUGCCCGGCGAGCCCCGGGGGCAAGCUGCUGAAAGCCCAGAGUUCAUGGGGCACAGCCCCAGCACGGGCUUCCUGCACCGCAGCACCGCUGAGCUGGGCUAUGGCCCGGACUCCUCCUGCUCGGGGGGCGAGGAGGAAGAAGAAGAGGAGGAGGAUGAGCUGGGUGCCACGGAGAGGAAGAUCGGCUCUGUGUUGUGA